AUGACACUAGUGAUUGCUAACACCAGCCGAAGCGACAAUGGCACAUAUCGAUGUAGUGUAAAUAUAGUUGACGAUCCUCCUCCAACUGCAUUUGAUGACGCCAUACUGAGUGUUAUAUAUUUAGACAAGCCUGUAUUAAUAUCCUUCGAUACACCUGUGAUGGAAGGAGAUACAGUUGAGAUGUCAUGUAUUGCAAAUGCUAAUCCAUCACCAACGUACACAUUUUUAAGGGAUGGUGAAGUACAGCAAUCAUGGGCUUCAUCUACAUUCAUGAUUCAAUCAGUGAGUCGUGUUAACAAUGGCAGUUAUGUGUGCAGGGCCAGUAACAGUGCUGGCACUGAAACAAGUGACAGUAGAACGCUGGAUGUACAGUAUCUACCUGAAUGUCCUUGCACUGAUUACAAGUUCGCUAAUCCUGGUGAAAACGUUACUAUUGCACCAAAAUGUGUAGCUAAUCCUACAGAUAUCGAUUAUCAGUGGAGCAGUGUUCCUAAUGUUACUGACUUAGAUAGCAACGAAGCAACAUUCACAUUUACGGUAUCAAAGGAAUUUGGCACAGAGUAUAAUAUAACAGUGAUUGCUAAUAAUAGCAUUGGAUCUACAACAGAGUCGGUAAUAGUCAUUGUUGCAGCACCAUGUAGCUUAUCUUGUCAAAAUGGAGGCACAUGUCAAAUCGUUAACGAUACUGAGAAAUGCGUAUGUCCAACUGGAUUUGAAGGGCAAUAUUGUCAGCACAACAAAACCCACAACAUUACUACUAUUUUACCAACACCUACACCUCCGCCUACUACACCUACUCCAAAAUCCAAAUCGGUUAUUGGAAAUUGCACGAUCAUCAUUUAUCCUAAUCCUGCCAAGGAAGGUGAAAGUGUAGACAUAGAAUGUUCUUCUGAAAAUUCUAAUCCCACUCCUAUGAUAACACUUUUCAAAGAUGAAAAUAAAAUAGAAUAUGUAAAUGGAACAAAACUAACCUUCAACAUAAAGAGUAUGAAGAAGAGCGAUGAAGGAGAUUACUAUUGUAUUGCAACUAACAUUGCUGGAAGUAGAACAUCGGACAAAAUAAAAUUGACUAUGAAACUUAACAUAUGGAUUAUAGCUACUGUACAUAUCAAUCAUGUGAUACAGCAGCAGAAACAGCAACAAGAACAUAAAAAUUGA